UCGAGGGGACACUUCCUGCCGGGACUGUAGCUUGGGACCGGGCUCAGGGCCUGAGCCGAUGUGGUCUGUGUUUGAGUCUUGGGGAGUCUACUCUCCCCACAGUCCACCCCAGCAAAGCGCGCCCCAUUCCACGUGAGGGACUGCGCUCCGAGGGCGGUCGGAAGGCCCCAGGCCGCGGCUGACCACGAAGUCCAGGGUCCCAUCUGUGCACAUCGCCAGAGGAUAUGGCAGCCCUGGGGGCAGUACAAGAGCCACUCUCUGCUCCAGCCCACAUCAGCUUCCCAUCACCUGGAUCCCAUCCAGGGCCUCCGCAUCAUGAGAUGCUACUGCACCUCCAGGAUCCCCAAUACGAUUUUAUGACCAGGACUGACAACAAGGUACUGAUCCCAAAGCAGGAAAUUUCUGAAGAAAUAGAAUCUUGUGGAACAGUAUCAGAAAUAUUACAAAGAGAUGUGCUACAGAAAUCCAAAUUUGGAGAAACCUAUGAACUUCAAAACAGGUUAGAUAGUCAGGUGGGAAUCCCAGCUGAGAAGAGAUGGAGAAACUCCCUUUCCCAGCAAAGAAAGGUACAGUUGACAGUCAUGCAUGAAGAAGCCCCUAGAGAUGAGAGAGGCCAUGAAUGUACUGAAUUUUCAAGAAACUUCAGCCUGAACUCAAAUCUUGUUAUAGAGCAGAGAGUUCCUACAGGAGUGAGACCUCAUAAAUGUGAUACUUGUGGCCAGAGCUUUGGCCAACGUUCAGUCCUGAUUCAGCAUCUGAGAAUUCAUACUGGAGAGAAACCUUUUGAAUGUAAUGAAUGUGGGAGAGCAUUCAGCCAGAGAUCAGAAAUUAUUAGGCAUCGGAGAAUUCAUACUGGAGAUAAACCCUAUGAAUGUAAUGAAUGUAGCAAAGCAUUUAGUCACAGAUCAACCCUUAUUGAACAUCAAAGAAUUCACACUGGAGAAAAGCCUUUUGAAUGUAAUGAAUGUGGGAAAGCCUUCAGAGGACGAUCAGACCUUAUUCGGCACCAGAGAAUUCACACUGGAGAAAAGCCCUAUCAGUGUAAUGAGUGUGGGAAAGCCUUUAGUCACCGAUCUGUCUUUAUUGCACACCAGAGAAUUCACACUGGGGAGAAACCUUAUGAAUGUCAUGAAUGUGGCAAGACCUUCAAUUGGAGCUCAAGCCUUUUUCAACAUCAGAGGGUCCAUAGUGGAGAGAGACCCUAUGAAUGUAAUGAAUGUGGGAAAGCUUUUACACAACUUGCAGUUCUUAUUGACCACUUAAGGACUCAUACUGGGGAAAAACCUUAUGAAUGUAAUGAAUGUGGGAAGGCCUUCAGUCAUGGUUCAAACCUUCUUCAACAUCAGAGAAUUCAUUCUGGUGAGAAACCAUAUGAAUGUUGUGAAUGUGGAAAAGCCUUCUGUCACAGCUCAAAACUUAUUCAGCACCAGAGAAUUCACACCAGAGAGUGACCCUCUUAAUGUGGUGAGGAAUUCCUAAAAAUUACUUUGGGGCAAGACCCCGUUAAAGAUUAUAAAUUGAAGGGCAGGGCCCAUUUUUGUCUAAUUUUCUGUAGCACCUAAUCUGGUGCCACAUGCAAAUAGUUUAAUAAAUUGUUUUG